AAUAUUUGAUAUUUAAAUAAACAAAAUUUGUUUAUUUCAUGAACUGACACUAAUUUAGCGUCUUUAUUGGACAAUAAAUCUAUAAAAUAAGAAUAGUUUGAUUUCGGGCACCUGCUGACGUCAUUAGCAGAUUCCAAGAUGGUGAUUGCCGAUUUGCUGAAAACGCAUUUCCCGCUGCAAAAUAUUCAAGAUGUAGUGGAGUUAUUCAGAAGCGAGCUGACCCGAGAUGGUGAACCAAACCUUGCCAUAUUAUCCAUCGUUCUUGGGGCAAUAGAAAAUACACUGACAGUGAACAGGGCGCUCCCAAACGAGGCUGAAUGUGAAAGGACAAUCGAACCAAUAUUCCCAAUUUUGGAGUUGAGCACUGUUGAGGCUCUGCACGAAAAGUUUGUGACAUUAAUAAAGGGUUCUGUCGAUUUGUCAGAGUUCUCCGAGAAGUUUGCAACAAGGGAUAUUGUCAAAAGAAUAUCAGAUACAGUCUGGAACACAUUGACAAGAAGUUAUUACAAAGAUAAAGCGCAUAUACAAUCACUGUACAGUUAUUUGACAGGAUGCAAGCUGGAUUGCUUUGGUGUUGCAUUGGCAGUUGUUGUCGCAUGCCAGGUGAUGGGAUAUCGUGACGUCCACUUAGCAUUAUCAGAGGACCAUGCCUGGGUCAUCUUCGGAGAACAUGGGCAGGAGACUGCAGAAGUCACGUGGCACGGCAAAGGAAAUGAGGACAAGAGAGGGCAGCCGAUAUGUCUAGGGGUGGCAGAGAAAAGCUGGCUUUAUCUAAAUGGACACCCAGUGAAAUGUAGUCGCCAUAUGGAGGUUGCGGCCAUGGUGUCAGGGAUCAAUCCUUCAAUCAAUGCAACCACUGACAGUCUAGAAAUGGGUUCUCUUCAACAGGAGUUGCUAUGGUUACUGUAUGACUUGGGACAUCUCGCAAGGUACCCCAUGUCUCUUGGCAACCUAGGUGACUUAGAGGAGAUUUGCCCAUCUCCUGGUCGUCCCCCUCCCCUUGCCCUCUUCCAGCAAGCUAUAGAUGUAGCUAGACGUCACUACGCAGGGGCCCAUGUCUACCCCCAUACAUAUCUAGGGGGGUACUACUACAGGCAGGGCCUAUACAGUCAAGCACUUAGCUGUUGGGCUGACGCUACGCAGACCAUCAAGAGAUAUAACUACACACGCGAAGAUGAGGAGGUUUAUAAAGAAUUCAUGGAGAUAAAUAACGAGCUUUUGCCACACAUUUGCAAAAUGGCCGCCGUUGGGGCGGUUGAUGGACAAAGAGGAUUUCUGAGCGACCCUGAAUGUUACGUGAACUUAUUGCGACUUUUCGAUGGAAUAUGUGGUUGGGAAGAAGGCUCUCAAACUCCAGUGUUGCAUAUCGGGUGGGCCAAGAAUAUGAUUUUUUGCUUGUCAAAAUUUGAAGCGGGGGUGCGCGGGAAAAUUGAGGUACAUGCUGAGGGGGAGGAAGAAGAAGAUGAGAAGGAUGGAAGUGAUACAGAGAUAGAUAGUAAACCCCCAAGUCCCCUUCCUCCACCCCCAGAUAUCACCAUUAAGGCACCCGAAAAUGAUGGCCCCACACCCCCACCCCAUGCCAAUGGCGGAGCUGAUGAGGAAAAAAUCCGAAGCACAAUUCGUGAAUUAGCGAGUAAGGUUAGCUCCUCAGAAUCUCAAAAUGAUACCCCUAACCCAAAUAUAGCUGCGCUGGCGCAGGCGUGCGGGGAAUCAAUCUUGAACCCAGAGUUUUUAUUAGGCGGGGGUGACACAACAAGUCCAUUCGCUAAUACGUCAGAGACUAAGGUUGAUUAUAAGGAGUUCUUAAGUUCAACGUCAAGCAGCUCGCCAUUCCCUGGAUUAACUGUCGAUACAAUGCUUCAGGCAGAUAGUCCCGCAGAAAUGUUGCUUAUCAAGAAAUCGGGCAUCUUUAAAACAGAAUCGGAUUCCCCGAAUAAUAACACACAUUCAAAACAUCACGUUAGCGUGACAUUGACUAGCCAGAAAAUGAAGGGAUUGAAGGACUUAUUGAAGGUUGAAGGAAAGUUGAAUGCUAGUGCGAUAAAGCUACAAUUGACAGCCCAGUCCCAGGUGGAUUUAAAACGUAGUAAAGUCAACACAGAUUGGGAUGUUUCAGGCCCGAGAAAACGUACGAGAAAAUCCAUCGAACAUACGUGAUAACUUUUACUGAAGCUUGAAGUUUGACCAGUUUGGUUUUGUGUUGAUAUAUAAAGCAGUGCAUUAUAAUCAUGACU